CCAGAACCCGGAGUUCAAGCCCCACCUCAAUGAGGCCAAGCUGCGCUCUUUGUGGAACUUUGGCGGAGUGCGCAUUGAAAGCGACGUUCUCAUCACGGAGACGGGUGCAAUCAACAUGACACUCGUCCCCCGCACCGUCGAGGAGGUUGAAAAGACAAUGGCUGGUGCCCCGUUCUCGCGGGAGCCUGAAGUAUUCAACCACUGA